AUGGGGGCCAUUCUCACUCAGACCACCACAGCCCAGAACCGGUCCGGGGAGUUUGCAUCGAGACCCGGGGUCUGCCCAACAGCUAACCCAGAGCCAUUUAGCCCAUCGUGCAGCUUGGACACAGACUGCUCUGGACUUCAGAAGUGCUGUUCCUGGCCAGGGGGCCGCCACUGUGUGUCCCCAACACCCACAGGUGCAGAGGGGAACGUGGUGGGCUGGUACAACGUGACUGUGCUGGUGAAGGUGGCCUUCGAGGACCUGCAGCAAGAGGACCCUGGGCUCCGGAACCACACGCGCCUGCUCUACUCUUUGGUCACCAGUGCCUUGCAGCCUCUGAACCCAGCUGUACACUACUUGACCUCGACUGGUGGCCGGGACACGUUCACCACGGUGUCAUGGCUACUGCUGGGCUUUCCACGACUCAUGCCUGUAGCCAACGUCUCUGCCAUGUUGGAUGACAUGGUGAAUCGCGUCUAUGAGGUGAUCAGCAUCCAGGUGCAAGAUGUGAACGAGUGUCUUCACAGUGAGCUCCAAGCUUGCUCUGGAGGAGCUCAGUGCCGGAACCUGGAGGGCUCCUACCAAUGUGUGUCUCUGCAGCAGCCAACCACCUCGCCUUCUCAGCCGCUGAACCGCACCGGUGAAGAUUGCCCUCCAAUCCGAGACUUCGUGGCGCUUAAUGUCACCAGCAGCAGUUUCCAUGCGUCCUGGAAUCUGACUUCCUUCCAGAACCACACUUUCCACGUUCAAGUGCACAAAGGCAGAGAAGCACUCAGCGACACUUGGACAAGGGCUCAGACUCUGGCGGUGUCUGAUUUGGAGGCUGGAGUACUUUACAGAGUGAGGGUUAGCUACCAAGGGUGCCAAGCCAAUGUCUCGGCCACACUGGCUGUCAAGACAGAUGCCCGGGUUUUCCAAGUCACGAUACGGAUCACGGACCGUAACCUGACAGAGCAGAUUCUCAACUGCAGCAGCGGGGAAUUCUGGAACUUCUCUCGACAGCUGUUUCAUGAGGUGGAGAACUCCUUCCCCGAGGUCAUUUCUGACCUGUACAGACAAGGGAAGCUGAGGAUGCAGAUCGUGUCUCUGCAGGCAGGGAGUCUGGUGGUGACCCUUCGACUCACCCUGCAAGAUCCUGACUUUUCAGUGGACGUCGGCACACUGAAGCCCAUGCUGCAGCUCCUGUCUACGAGCACCGUGUUCCAGGUUGACCAGCAGGAGACAUUUGUGCAAGACUGGAACGAGUGUGCACACAGCUCGGAGCAUGACUGUCACCCGAGGGCACGCUGCAUCAACCUGGAGGGCUCCUACACAUGCCAGUGCCUCACAGCCAGGGAUGCCAACCCAUCCAGGGCUGGCAGGGUCUGCGAGGGUGACAUGGUGACCCCCACAGGGGAUGGACUGUCUGUAACAGAGAGGGUCACAGCCCCAGCUGUCAGUACAGGAAUAACAACUUUUGGCCCAACGACCCUCACGUUGUCACUGAGUUCCAAGCACCCAAGGAGCACACCAGCAGGCCAAGCCUGGACCUCAGGGCCCCCAUCUGGGAGAGAUGGGGGUAGCACGGUCAGGCAGGAGAGGAAUAGCACAGGACAAGGACCAACCGACGGAUCCUCUCAGGGGACCACCAAUGCCCCACUGCACACCACUAGAGAGUCACAGGGAUACGUCACCAAAGACCCACCCUUCCUGACUGCUAGAACCACGGGCUAUGUUGUGUGGCACCCCAGUCCCACUGGGGAGACACCUCUGAAUACCACAAGGCUGCAGAAUGAAGAGUCUAGACCUUCCUCUUUCCCAGGCCCGCCGUCAGCCCCAACCGCUGUGACUCCAGAGACCCCUACCUGUGUUCCUGGACCCAUUGGAAAGGUCACGGUCUCUAACGUAACCAGCACCAGCUUCUCCCUCGAUUGGUCUGCCGACAUCCGCCUCUCCCCUGCCUUCUACGUCUCUUUGGUCUCUCCUCGGGGCCCUGCCAUGACUAUGGAGACCCAGAACAAUAGUGUGACGUUGUCAGGACUGGAGCCCGGAACCCUGUACCAGGUGGAGAUUGUGGCUAAGGUGUGUGGGAGAGAAGGUGCCAGAACACAGCUGAAAGUGCGGACAGUGGCCCAGAAACUUGCUGGCAAAGUCCGGAUCACGAGCAUGCAGUAUUCGGAAUCCUUCCGCAAUGCCAGCAGCAGGGAGCAUCGAGAGUUCGUACAGUUGUUCUUCAGAACGGUGCGGGACUCUCUGCCAGCCGAGCUGCGUCAGCACAUGGACGCGGGCAGGAUCCGUGUGGACAUCAUCAACAUCACAAACGGCAGCAUCGUGGUGGAGUUUAAUUUGCUAAUGACAGAAGACCUGGAUGUCAGCAAGGUGUCUGCUGGUUUCGUCGCUGCCCUGCAGAACACGUCGAUGCUGGAGGUGGUCAGAGGCAGAAGCUUUCUACAAGAUUACGACGAGUGUGACAUGAGAGAAGAUGACUGUGCCCCUGGGACAUGCAGGAACACCUUCGGGUCUUUUACAUGUAGCUGUGAUGGGGGAAGGCCUGACUCGCAGGUGGAAUAUUCUGGAAGGUCCUGUGAUGGUGGCUCUUCUGGCAACACAACCCAGACCCCAGGCUCAGUGUGGCCCCCUACCCCAGCAGGAACCACGAGUGCCCCUGUGCCAGAUGCCAGCUCCACACCCCAGGACGUGCCCCUGCGGCUGAACUUGACAGACGCCGUUAGUGUGUCCUGUGAGAUCGAGAUGGUGGUCAUCACUAUCCAGAAGCACUUUCUGCAGCAGGAGGCCAUACCGGAGGCCUCCUUAUAUCUGGGAGAGCCAUCCUGCAACGUGAGCAGAAGCAACGGCACACAUGUAUUCCUGGUGACUGGCUGGGGCCAGUGCGGGACCCUUGUACAGAGCAACAUGACCACCACAGUGGUGAAGACCACGCUGAGGAAUGACCUGUCCCCAGAGGGUGUCAUCCACCACCUGCAGAUCGUCAGUCCCAUCCACUGCGCCUUCCAGAAUGCCCUUCUGACUUCCUCGGGCUACACCCCACAGUGGGGGGUUUACACCAUCAUCGAAGACCUCCACGGUACCGGAAAUUUUGUCACGGAGAUGCAGUUGUUCAUUGGCGAUUCUCCCAUACCUCAGAACUACAGUGUGUCCGCCAGCGAUGAGAUCAAGAUUGAGGUGGGGCUUCACAGGCAGAAGAGCAGUCUGAAGGUCGUGCUGACCGAGUGCUGGGCCACGCCCUCCAGCAACGCCAAGGAUCCCAUCACCUUUGGCUUCAUCAACAACAGCUGCCCUGUUCCCAACACCUACACCAGCGUGAUCCAGAAUGGCAACUCCAGCAAGGCCCAGCUCAAGCUGAGGAUCUUCUCCUUCAUCAACAACUCCAUCGUCUACCUGCACUGCAAGCUGAGAGUGUGCAUGGAGAGCCCCAAGAACUCGUGCAGGAUAAGCUGUAAUGACUUCCGAUUGCUGCGAAGCAGUGAGGCCGUGCACCAGAUGACCUGGGGACCCCUCCAUCGAUCUGAAGGUGCACAGGCCUGUACAAAGCCAGUCCUGGGGACCGGUUACAUCAUCCUCAUUGCGGCAGCUGCACUUAUGGUGGUUGCAGGAGCCACAACCCUUCUGAUCUUGCGUUACCAGAGAGUGAGGCAGAAAUACAAUCUUCGAAUCCAGACUGACGACUUCAGCUACCAGGUGUUCUCUCAGUAGGAGACCCAGCUGACCCGGAGAUGGAAUACCCUGUGAAUAAGGUCCAGUGGUUAAUUCAUCGAACGUUGACCGGAAUCCAGCUCUGGACAGUGCUGUGUCGGUACUUGGGGAUGAGACCCUACGAUGACAGCAAACCGCUGUCUGCCCCCAAGAGCCUGAAGACACAGGGUACCACCCACCAGGCCGGUGACGGGCCUGCUGAAGAUGUGGGCAGAGCCCCGGAGUGGCCUUCAUCCUCACACCCAGCCCAAACAUGGCCCCGAUUACCAUAGCCUUCCAAGCUUUGACAUCCAAGCUGCUGCUUCUCUGAUCCCUGUUUCUCUGACAAUGACAUCCUCGCAGACAUUUUCCAGUACCCGUGAUGCUUGUUCAUGAACGGAUCCAUCCAAUCAAACUCUCCGAGUGUCGUUUUCCAGACACAAACACACUAGCUCAGCUCUCCUUAUCGGCAUGCGGCUUUCACUUGCGUGGCGGUGACUCAAGGCAACCUAGGUGAAUACGGGAAGCUUUCUAAUGAGUCGUGUUGUGUGAUGUGUAUGUAUCACUCCUGCAUAUCCAUGGUCAUUUUUUUUUCAUGUAAUUCCAUCAAGAGGAAGGUGUGAUUUUUUUUCCCCCACUCCACCACAAGGAAGCAGGGAAGGGGGCGAGGGAGGUACAUACCAUGCUAACGGGUCCCCUACUUUGUUGAUUUGAAAGACUCGAAUUGGUUACACAGUUAACACCUGAGGUAAUAGCGUUCUCCCUAGUGAACAUAGGCUCAUAACAGGAUUGUAGCUUUUAAUUAAUAUGCUUGCUUAUGUUGAGUAUGACACAGAUCAUUUGGGGAAACCAGUCUUUCAAUUUGUUGCAUAUUCUUGGGGGUAAGAAUGACAACCAGGAGUCUGCGUGGCUAGCUGAUUUUGAGCAAUAAAUUUUUUUUCUGGCACUGUAA